AUCAAAGGACAGCUUCCAGCUUGUUUGAUUACCUUCGUGAUCACCGUCGAUUGCUGUUGAGACUUCAUUCUUGCUUCUCCUCCAUCUGGCACCUUCUUGCGCCAAAAACACUAUCACUGGGUCGCUCCUUCCGUUUCUGCCAACUCACUAUGGCCCCUUCCCUCCGCGGCGCCCACCGAGUCAGCAAACGACAAACACCACUUGAGAGCUAUACCAAAGUCUCCAAGUCAACAAGGUCCCAAGCUCAGCUUGAAGCAGCUGCAAAAGAGGCGGCACUCAUUCCUGUCGUCGAGCAGAAAAAGACGGUCAAGAGCACACCGAAGCGGAAACGCGACAUUGAAGAUGGCGAGUCCGAGGCUGAGACCUCUUGCAUUGCUGCUGCCACAUCGAAGAAGGCGAGAUUGCAGCUGGCAACACCGCCCGACUCUGAACGCGAAGACUCGAUAGGUCUCGACCCCUGCAUUGACUUUCGCCAGCUAUCCCUCGGGACCAGGACUGCUUUUCAACAAGAACCAGUCGAUGAGCUUCCUGAUGUCCUCCAAGUUUUCGUCUCGCUGCACGACGCCUUUCUCAGAGCAUUUUCUCUCCACAUGGUUCACAAUGGCAGUACCUCCCCAGCAAAUCUCCACAACUUGAUGGCUUCAGUCACUAGAUUAUGGAAGAAACACACCGUCACAGCGGAGGACAUUCAACGGAUGCUGGCAAUUUACGAACUUGGUUCAUCGGAAGAUCAUAUGUCAAACCAGCUCUUGAAACAUAAGGAAGGUCCAUUCAAGUUGAACCUGACAGGAGGUGAUAGUUUUCAGCACAGCGUUGAGUACGUUGGUGGGGCCCGUGGAAACCAAGGAUAUGACGAGAAGAAGCUUCAAAAGUCCUACGAAAUUGAGGUGGAAGCCGCGUUCAUCUCUCAACGAAAGAACCCUGCCAGCUGGCUACAAAAGGAUGUGCGUUUCUUUCCUCGACUCGAAUUCUCGGUUGGGCUGCAAACACAGGCACGCAGGGGGAAGGCUUUCGCAGCACGAGCAGAGAUUCUCGGUCUAUCUUCCCAGGCCCAGAGUCGAGUUGGAUCGCAAUUCUCUGCUCAAGCAAGUACGUCCAGCGAGUCGAAUGAGGUCCAAACACCUCAAAUCGUCAAGGACCGAACCUUGUCGCUAUUGGAUCGUGUCAGGACCAAAGCACUUGCCAACUCCGCAGCCGCCCCUCAAAGUACGGAAACAAUUCUUCGUCGCCGAGCCAUGGGGCGGAUUGGGGAAGUUGUUGAUAUUCUGCGGCUGAAACAGCAACAGAAAUUGGGUUCCAACUUUGUUUCUUCGGUUCAUUCCAGUCCAGGCAGGGUCCGAGGCAAAGUAUCCUUCAGUCUCAAGCAACUCAUCAGUGAUAUAAAGGGAAGCUUGGCCGUACCAAUGGCCGAUGCCGAAGUCAGAAAAUGUUUUGAAAUACUCGCGAACGAUAUUCCGGGGAUGUGGUUGUCCAUUCAUACUGUUGGAAUACUUCAGAGUAUAGUUCUCAAUGGGCCCGGCCCGAGUGGAACGGAGGUCAGGAAGAUUCUCGAAGAAAAUGAGAAAACCAGACGGUGACCUUGAAAGGGCGCUCCAGACCUUUUCUUGUUCAGAACGUAUGGACGUAGUUGUCCUGUACAUACUGGCGAAGUUGUUUGGGAUUCAGGUUAUGCAAGAUAGACGUGUGCCUGACCUCGAGCACUGUGCUGGGCAUGUUCAGCGUUUCCUUCUUUUUUCGACUGGCCUGUCUGCCAGUCCUGCACGUAUCAUUCAUUUAGACAGCAUUCAAGCGCUCAAGGACUGUUGACCGUGCGGAAACCGAGGCGAGGAUCAGAAUGAAGAGAGAUUUCUGCUUGAAAAUGGGCACGUUGCUGUGAGAUAUUUGCAUCGUCCCUCAACUUGAUUUCCUUGGGUAUAUACUGCGGUCGUGGUUGCCAUUAUGAUCCAACAAAAUUGCGCCUUCCCUCUCCAGUG